AUGUUACAUAACCUCAAAUUCACACAACAUGCAUCAUGUUUAAAAUCUAGCUACAUAAUAUCAUGUAAAUGCAUAUUUCUUUCCAACACCAAGACAUUUUUCUUUCAGUCUGCGAUCCUUUAA